GCAAUGGCAGUACUAUUGCAAAGCUACAGUCAUUUGUGAAGUGAGCUCAAACUUUCAAAAAUGAAAGUUCCUGUAAAACUCCUCGGCUUUGCCUUUUUGGUUUUAUCCUUUACAUUUGUACAAGCUCAAGCAAAGGAAGUAUUUUGCAUUAUUCCAUCCUUGAAAAACAGGUUCAUAUACAGAGCCUCCAUAAAUGAGGGAAAAAUCUACUACUCAUGCAAUACAGGUUAUAAACCAUUCAGUGGGAACUGGUGGGAAUCAGUGACAUGCAAUGAGAGGUCUUGGUCUGAUGAGCCACAGUGUAUCAGGGAGGAAGAAUGUGGUGCUUUCCCAAGUGUUGUACAUGGAAAAAUUAAGCAAAUAAAAGGAACCUUUCAUAAUGGAGAAUUUGCUGAAUUUGAAUGCGAUCCAGGCUAUAAAUCAACACAUAGCUCGAUUAAAUGGGAGACACCAACCUGUGAGGAGGAUGUGCGUUGUGACAUUCCUCCAAAAGUGGAAAAUGCAGUCAUGACCUCUGACCCUCAAAAAUGUUAUCCUGACGGAUCUUCUGUAACAUACAAAUGUCGAAACUUAUUCACAAUCAGGGGGCCUAGUAGAGUUUUUGCCACAGCGCAACUUGGGGAGAAACACCAAAAUGUGAAGACAAGAGAGAAUAUUCACACGGAGAUACAGUACGCUUUGAGUGUGUUUAGGGGUUUGUGUCGAGGAAGAGCUAAAUGUGACGUACAAACCUGGAUUUCCCCAAAAUGUAUUAAAAAAUCUCAGUGUUCCAAACCAACAAAGUACAUGAUGUUUGUGACACUGUUAAAUGAGAAAAAUGUGUACAACAACUUUGAAAAUUUGUCAUAAAAGUGCAAAAGUCCAUAUGAUAAAAUCCCAGAAGGUACUUGGACGUGUGAAGAUAAAGAAUGGUGUGGAGUGUUUGUCUGCACAAGUGAAAUCUGUCCACCACCACCUCACCUUGAACAUGGAGACUAUACUGUAGUUAGAAAGAAUGGUGAAGUAAUUACAGAGGUUUAUUAUUCUUGCCAAAGAGACUAUGUGUUAGACAAACAGCAAUAUUUUAAGUGUCAGAAUGGAAGAUGGGAGACCCUCAAGUGUCUGAAGCCCUGUGAAAUUACAUCUGAGAGUACUGAGAAGUACAACGUACAACUCCCCCAUUAUAAGGUCUAUGUAAAACAUGGUGACAUGUAUGGAUUUUAUUGCAAGUCUGGAUGGAAUACUGGAGGUUUCUGGAGAUCUGAAUAUCUGGACGUGUCAUGUUCUAAUGGAAAAUUAAAAUCUGACAAAACUUAUCUGAAGAUCCCUCUGAUGUAUCCAGAGCAUGAAGAUGGAAACACACACACACGUUGGUGCAGCUAUCAUUAUGGGGACUCUCCACAGACAUAAUUAUUUUUGUACUGUACAAACUAUAGAUUCUAAUCCUCACAAAAAAAGUCUGCAUUUUUAAUUUUUCAAUAUAACAUCGUUUAGUAUUUUUUUAUUUUUAUUUUUAUUUUUUUUUAUUUAUUUUAAGCUAUUUAAAUUAUGGGGACACUAGAAAUGUCCUCAUAAACAACAUUUAUAGCAUAAUACCCUUGUAAUUACCAGUUUGUAACCUAAAUAAAAAGUCCUCAUAAACCACUUAAACCUGCCCACACACACACGCUUGCUAAUGCUUCCAUAAACAUGUUAAUUGGCUAACUGCAGUUUAUUAUCCUUUUACAUGAUUUUGUUAUUUUAUAAAAAACAAUGUUAACCUAAAAAUGUGCUUCAUGUUGUAACAUCUAAAUAAACUGGUUUGAAUCAAGUGAAUCAUAUUAUUUAACGUCACUUAAUAACAGUGGUGUAAUAGUGACUGAAAAGGUGGGCAUUUAUUGAGGACAACCCCCACAAUUUAUGGUCUGUUGUAACCAUAGUCUCAUUUGAAUUUACAAAGUGUAUGUCAGGGCAAGUUUCUAGCUGGCAUCGUUAACAGUUCUCUAAUAAAACUUGCUAUUCUAUUUAAAUUAAUAGGUUUGAUUAACUGUUCUUUUAAUUAACAGUAGAAUGAACACUUUAUACAACCCCAAUUCCAAAA